GAUACUCAUACACAAACUCACAGACAUACACAGUUGAGCACACACACUCAGACAUACUGCAAACUCUCCACAGGAAACUGAGCCAUAAUGUGAAGGCACCUCAGAGCAGACGGGUGCAUUGCUCAAACCAAGAGGGAUACGGUGCAGCUUUGAUAGUGCGUUAAUUACUCAUGUGAUGUGAUACAGAUGUCUGGGGGCUUCAGCUGAAAGUUUGCCUGACGGUUUCCAAGGGGGCCAGGCAGACAUUUUAGAAGCGUGACAUAUUGGGACAAUCUUUCAAUCAAUGAAAUCAAAGCGCUCAACUGGUUUGAUAAUGGCCAACGCAGCUGGGCAUAUGUUUAUGCUAAUAGUCUGUAUGGCAGCCAGAGGAAUGUGCCAGAUAAACGGAGCUGAAGCGGAGGACUCUUUCCCUGGCUUUCCGGUACACUCCACCCUCCAGUCUCCAGGUUUCUACAGCACCGUCAGCCCAAGCACAGGACCCAGCCUCCCCCCGUGGGCCCCAGGAGCUGAUGCACAAGCUUUGGGAUCCAGCUCGGAAAAUGAAACUGUUGUUAAGACACUAGUGCCACCUCCAAAGUGCCUUAUAAAUCCCUCCAUUAACAGCUAUUUUAAGUACAUCAACACUGUAAUUUCUAUCACAGUCUUUGUGGUUGGCCUCGUUGGUAACGCCACCCUCCUGAGGAUUAUAUACCAGCACAAGUGCAUGAGGAAUGGGCCCAAUGCCCUCAUUGCAAGCUUGGCUCUGGGCGACCUUAUCUACAUUUUCAUUGAUAUACCUAUCAAUGUAUACAAGCUCCUGGCAUCACACUUUCCAUUUGAUGACAGUGAUUUUGGCCUGUGUCUUUGCAAGCUGGUGCCCUUCCUGCAGAAGGCCUCUGUGGGCAUCACAGUCCUCAAUCUAUGUGCCCUCAGUGUGGACAGGUACAGGGCUGUGGCUUCCUGGAGCAGAGUGCAGGGAGUGGGCAUUCCUCCCUUCACAGUCAUCGAGAUUGUGACUAUUUGGGUGUUGUCGCUCUUCCUGGCAGUACCUGAGGCUGUUGGCUUUGACAUGGUCACCUUCAACUACAACAACAAAACCAUGCGCACUUGCAUGCUGAACCCGAAGACAGAUUUCAUGAAGUUCUAUAGAGAUGCUAAGGACUGGUGGCUGUUUGGCUUCUACUUUUGUGUACCAUUGGCUUGCACCGCCAUCUUCUACACUCUGAUGACCUGCGAGAUGCUCAACCACUGGAAUGGCAGCCUUCGGAUCGCACUCAGUGAGCACCUCAAACAGAGGAGGGAGGUGGCCAAAGCUGUCUUUUGCCUCGUAUUAAUCUUUGCCCUCUGCUGGUUCCCACUGCACCUGAGCAGGAUUCUUAAGAAGAUGGUUUACCACCAGAACGAUAAAAUGCGCUGUGAGCUGCUGAAUUUCCUGUUGGUCCUGGAUUACCUCAGCAUCAACCUUGCAACAAUCAACUCGUGCAUAAAUCCCAUUAUAUUAUAUUUUGUCAGUAAGAAGUUCAAAAACUGCUUCAAGUCAUGCUUGUGCUGCUGGUGUUACGCUGACAACCAGCUGAGCAGCACUGGACCGAUGAAUGGCACCAGUAUCCAGUGUAAAAGCCCAGAACCCAACAACCUCCACACUGACCGCAGCAUCAGGAAAGACAGCAAGUGACAGCUCAUCUGAGGAGUUUGUUUUUUAAAGCUUUUAUCAGUAUGAAAUGCAAACAAUUCUCAUACUCGUGUUAAAAUAUAUCCAUCUAAAUAAUACUUUUAUCAAACUACGCUUGGACUGCUGAAGCAACACAAGUCUGGACACUACGUAUCAGGAACUGGAAUAAAAGGCCCAGACAAUGGAGUGAGUUUCCUGAGCCCUUUCAGCUGGCUUUAACUUCCUAAGAUAAACUUUGGUUCCCACACCCAUGGACAGUGACACCAAAGCUUGAGAGGAUAAGGGGGGGAGCAGAAUGAGGAGGAGGACUUUUUCAAGGGAUGCAGCUGAACUCUAUAAAUUGCUCUCUGUCAGAAGCCAAGCAUGCUAUUCCUGUAAAGGGCAGCGUCACUGGGAAGGAUGAUAUACAGAAGGAAAAGGCUGACUAUUUACUGUCAGAGAGAAGACAUGAGUAUUUGCUGUUCCCAGGAGUUCACCACUCACUGAUGAUAAGAACUGAAAAGCCAAGCUGCCGACAGGAGCUACUAUUAAUUUUCAUGUGCUUGGCUCUGCUGUGUAUUUUACUCAUUUUAUUGAAAUACCCUGUGGUAUAAUUACAAGAUUAUUUGAAGUUCCUUUGCUUAAUGUUUGACACUGCAGUUUUUUCUGAAUCAUAAAAGAGGACAGACGUAUGUCUCUAAGCAAAAUUAUGUUUCUAAGCAUUGACAGAAUUGUCAUCUCAGUGCAAUGAUAUAAGGUUGAUAAUGAAGUCUGCAUGAUACACAGACUUCCACAUUUAUUAUCAUUUGAAACAAAAUAUUUUGCAGAAGAAUUAUAUAAAGUGUCAGGAUAUACCAAAGUACCUGGCAUUCUAUAAAGGGUUGGAGGUUUUAGUUUAUAUAGGUGAGUCUAGAGUCAAUAUUUUCAUUGCAAAACUCCAGGGAAGUGUUAUUAAACUUGCAGUACAGAAACCUUAGCAUUUUUUUCCCCCCACAAGACUUAAUUUUACCAUCCAGAUACACAGUUAUUGUAUCAUUCAUGCUUCUAUAACCCACUGAAUAAAUAUCUGUAUAGUCUUCACUUUUAUAAAGUGCUAUAUUGUAGUGAUGAUAUAAAGUAUAUUAUUCAAACUACAUUAUCUUUGUAAUGACAUAUGCAAAUAUAAUGUGAGAAAUGCAGCACGCUCAUGAGGAACAGUUUAACAUUUUGUGAAACAUAAUUAUGCGUAGUUUAGUAAAAAGAUACUGCUCUCAUGUAUAUACAGUCAGCUGCUUGUUUAAUUUAGCGUCAAGACAGGAAGUGGAGGAAAACGGAUGGUCAAUCUUUGACCAAAGUGAAAAGAUCUUCAUCAGAAUUCACCCAGCUUGUGUUUUUCAUUUAAUCUUAAAUAUAACUUCAAUGGGAGGAUGAGGUUGUAAUUUGCUGCUCCAAAUUAGUCAAAAGGGUGAGAUUUAAGCGUUCGUUGUCGACUUGUUUACCCAUUAUGUCUCACCGUCUAUUUUUAUGUUCAUCAAGUAAAAUAUAUGUGGGGGAGGCUGGUGUAAAAAUACUCUGGAUGAAGCUUAUAACUGACCCAAUAAAAUUCUAUCAAAUAUGUAAUAAUUUAGCUUAUUUGUAAAGUUAGGUAAUAACUUUUUUUUUAAGUACAACAACUGAAUGAGCAAUUUGUUACUGUAGACUGUUUUUUGUGUGGAUAUAUCUAUUUAGUGGAUAAGCUUCCAUAAUCUAAAUUUAUCAGCUUUUGCCUUUAGCUAUAUUUAACAAAUAGACAUGACACUUGGACAUAACUUCUAGACUAAUUCUCUGCACAAAAGGGAGUGAGGGUAUUUCUCAAAAUGUCAGUCUGUUGAUUUUAUGUGAAAUUGUAUUCAGCUUAAAGUAAACUUUCCCAUAAUAUUUUAUAUUUGAUAUGUGAACAAACAUAAAUGAGGCUUGCAUGUGUGCAAGCUGUUACUUGCACUUCUCUAGUUGGAGUGUUUUGCACUUGUGUACAGAAGAACAAGCGACAUCCUCUCUGUCCCAUAUUAUUUUACCACUAUUCAUUAAAAGCAAUGCAUCAUAAUCUGUGGUCAGUAAUUUUGUUGUCAUGGAUUUACAUGAUGUCCCUGUGUAAAUGCUGCUGCUUCAACCAAUAAAUCACUUUCUACCCCCACUGUAAGAAGGAAGAAAGUUUAUUUUACUGUUGUGCUGGUUUCUCCAAGAACUU